GGAGUUUUUGUGGUAGCAUUACCAUACGCGCUUCUUCAUACUGGAUACAGUGGUAUAUUUUUCAUUAUCAUUUCAGUGUUUUUCUGCAACUAUACUGACAAAAUGCUAAUCUCUUGCAUCUAUGAAGAAGAUGAAGAUGGACAACGCAUAGGAGUGAGGGAUACUUGUGAAAAUAUUGUCAAG